AUGGCGACGGAGAAGCGCCGGCGGCGGCACUCACCGUCGGCCGCCACGCCCAGCGCCUCGCCGACGUCCUCCUCAAAUCCAGAAGCCGCUAUAUUGCACUCUCCUUCCCCUCCGCUGGACCUCAUCCCCGACAUCACCUCCCGCCUGACCUCUCUCGAGGACUUCUUCGCCCUGCGCGCCUCCUGCGGCGCCUACCGCGCCGUCCUCCCGCCGUCCCGCGGGGUCCUCGCCUGCCAGUCCCCGCUCCUCCUUGUCGCCCUUUUCCCCUCCUUCUCCGAGGCGUUAUUCCACCUCUCGCUCCGCCGCCUCCACCGCUUCCGCCUCCCCUGGGGCCAUCACCUGCCCCCCUCCCGCCGCACCCUCCACUACGCGCACGGCUACCUCGUCACCGCCACCACCGCGUCCUCCCACUACCCCCCGAGGCUCCUGCUCCUCCACCUCUUCUCCGGCGAGCAGCUCCGCCUCCCCAAGGUCCCCGCGCCGUUCACCCGCGUCAUCAUCUCCGACGACCUGGCCGCCGUCCUCUUCCUGCCCGGCAGGCCCAACGUCCAGCACUGCCACCCUGGGGACGCGCUCUGGCGUGUGGCCACCGCGGACGCGCCCCACGUUGUUGACGAUAUGCUCUUCGUCGAUGGCACCCUCUACGCCCUGGUAAAUGGCCUCCGUAUUGCCACAGUCGAACUGUCUGAUAGUUUGCUGGAACUGUCGUUUCUAGGAGAGGAGGUGGAUGACGACAGCAAGCCUGCGGGAGGACAGUUCAUGCUCGGAGAGUGCGGGGGUGAUGUGUUGCUCAUCAGUCAGGAUCACACGGAGAUGAUGCUGUACCAUGUUUAUCGGUGGGUGUUUGAGGUGGGGAAGUGGGUUUCAGUCACGAGCUUAGGCGGGCGGACACUGUUUCUUGGUUUCUUCGGAUUUGCAGCCUGUAUUGGUCCAGAUUACCCAGGAAUCCGAGGGGAUUGCUUAUAUGCAGCUGGGCCGCGCUUGGGUGAAUGGCAUGAGUACUCCUUGGCUGAUGGAACUUGCGAUGUUCGCUAUGCUGAUUAUCCAGGUUGCUGUGCGGCGCCGCUGCCGCUUCCAUGGGGGUGCUCGCGUGAGGUCCUCAACCGGGGAAGGCGGAAGCGAGUCCGGAGGCGGAAGCGGGGGCGGCGAGGGCGCCGGUGCCGCGGCGUCUUGGCUGAGCUCGGCGGUGGGGAGAAAGUGGACGAGCUUCUGCGCCGCGAAGAGAACCGGGCCCUGCUCGAGGGCGUCGAGGACGCCGAGCGCCGCGUUGAGCGCGCGCGCGCCGCGCUCGCCGACAUCGAGCGCCAGGAGGCCGCCGCGCGCCUCGCCCGCGAGGAAGUUCGCCGCCUCGAGAAGCGGCGCGAUGAGAUUGCAGAGUCCCAGCGGGAAUUGCUUCAAGCAAGAGAAAUGAUUGAUGAAGCUCAGCGAUCCUUGUCUUCUAGUCUUGAGGAAGAAAGCUUUGUAGAUAUGUCAAGUGGUGAUGUUGAUGAAGAUAGCGAGAGAAUAGAAUCUGUAAAAGCUGCUGCAGUUUCCUCUAUAGUUGGUGUUCUGGCUAGUUUGCCCAUAUCUUUCUAUGAAGCCGAAGAUCUGCUACAACUAUUCCUUCAGUCAUCAAUUAUUUUCAUAAGUUGUGCUUUGUUUGGAGUCACAUUCCGGUAUGCUGUUAGAAGAGAUUUGGACAAUAUCCAACUAAAAACAGGGGCUCCUGCUGCGUUUGCUUUUGUUAGAGGCCUUGCUCUGCUGGAAUCGGGUAGAACCCUCGAGAUGAGUACUGAUACCUUAAUAUCAGUUACUCUUGAUGGUGCAGUCAGUGUGAUUGAAAACAUUUUCAUAUUUCUGCCUGCUGCUGUUGCAUUGGACUACUGUUUUAAGAUGAGAUUUUUGAGUCCCUUUCCUAGAAGAAAACAAUAG